CAACUACCACUGCCAAAUAUCUCCAGUCUUUUGAAACAACUGCAGCAAAUUUUCAACAAAACCAAAUGGGCACUCGAAAAGUGAAAUUGGCGGUGAUGAUCAAAAACCCAUCAAACGACGUCGAAUUACUCAUCGUAAAGCAAACCCCACCCCCCAAAUUCAACGAUCCGGAGUACGAUUCUUAUGAGGAUUCCGAUCUUUGGGACUUGCCUUCUCAGCAAUUAUCACUUCUCGAUAGCCCAUUAAUAAUCAGUUCUUCUCUAGUUCAAAUUGAAGCUGACGAUGAUUCUUCGUUGGAAUUACUUAAUCAGUUUGAUUUUGAUUCUGCUGUUAAUCAGGUUCUUGGUCAAGUGGGAUUCGAGAAAGACACUAAGGCGAGGUGGAAAUUCUCAAAGGUUGUCGAGGAACCUGAAUUCGGACCCGGGAUUCCAUUUAAGACUAUAUAUAUUGUCGGAGAAUUGGAACCUCGUGAUUUUAACUUAAAAGAGUGGUGCAAGUGGAUGAGCACGAAAGAAUGUGCGGAUUUGCUUGUGGAAGUGAAGCCUCGUAAUGAUCGUAUAGGGCCACUAGUUGUUGUCGGCCUUAUGAACGAUUCGGUGCAAUGUACGAACUUGAAUAUUCCUCCCACUUUAAGAUGUCAGGAAUAUCCGCCAGGUGUUAAACUUAUUCCAAUGAGAAGCAGAACAGCGAAGCCUUUCAACACCACAAACUUGAUUGUAUUUGUGCCCGGGACUACUUACAACGAAUCGAGCGGUGAUAAUUUCGUUGCGAGUGGAGAUGCACUCAUUAUAGAUCCUGGAUGCAACUCUACUAUGCACAAAGAGCUGGAACAAAUAAUUACUGUGCUCCCGUGCAAAUUGCUUGUGUUUGUUACCCAUCAUCAUCAUGACCAUGUCGAUGGUCUCUCCGUUGUCCAGAAGUGCAAUCCAGAUGCUUCUCUCUUGGCUCACGAAAACACGUUUUGCCGAAUUAGCAAAGAUGAUUGGUCUUCGGGAUAUACUCCAGUUCUGGGAUCUGAGGAAAUUUGUAUUGGUGGCCAACGGUUGAGACUCGUUUCGGCUCCAGGGCAUACAGAUGGCCAUUUGGCAUUGCUUCAUGUCACUUCUAACACAUUGAUAGUUGGGGAUCACUGUGUAGGCCAAGGGAGUGCCGCGUUGGAUAUAACUUCAGGUGGUGAUAUGACUGAUUACUUCAGCACAACAUACAAGUUUAUGGAUCUCUCACCGCAUGCACUAAUCCCUAUGCACGGUAGAGUUAACAUGUGGCCNNUAACAUACCUUACCGAAAUUUUCAGAAACCGUAGAAAUAGAGAAUCGACCAUCUUGAAAGCCAUACAAGAAAAUGGAGCCAAAACACUGUUCGAAAUUGUAGCGUAUACGUAUGCUGACGUGGAUCGCAGUCUAUGGAUCACUGCUGCAUCGAACGUGAGACUCCAUGUGGAUCACCUUGCGCAGCAGAAUAAACUACCCAAGGAAUUCUCGAUGCAGAGAUUCGAAUCGAGUUGUAAGCUGAAUUUCUUUUCGAGAUGGAUGUGGGAAUAUGUAUGCAGUACUCUCUCUGUAAAGAAUCGUCGUCUGCAGUUAGUUACAGUUGUGGGUGCAGGAGCUGUGGCUGCCAUUGCUGUUCUGUACUCCGCUCGGGAGCUACGGAAAAACGUAUAAGUGAAACCCAAACUAACGAAAACUCUAUUAUAUAUUUAUGUUCUAUGAUCGAUCCAAAUAUUUAAUUCGUACAAUAGUUGCGUUCGACUUGCUUCCAUCAAUAGAUCAAUAAAGGUAUUCUGAAUUAUAGUGUUUC